AUGUCUGAAAUCAAGAGUGGUUCUGAAAUCAAGAGUGGUUCUGAAAUCGAAAGUAGUUCAGAAAUCGAAAGUGGUUCUGAGAUCGAGAGGAGUCCUGAGAUCAAGAGUGGCACUGUAAUCAAGAGUGGCACUGGCACCGGGAACCCCAACGGGAGCUUCUGGAUGUCCGAAAUCCUCGAUCAUAUCAACGAUCUCAAACCAACCGAGCAAGUCCAUCUCCGAUGUCAGCAAACCGGCGGACGCCCUAAGCGAAACAUGGAAGGCAAGAAGAAACCACAUAUGCUCACCACCGUCCAGGGACUUCCUGAUAGAUUCAACAUGAAGAAAGUUGUCAAGGCUUUCAAGAAGAAGUUCGCGUGUGCCUGCUCUAUUGUGGAAGACAAGGUCUUCGGUGAGGUUAUACAGAUCCAGGGAGACUACAGGCAGAAGAUUUACGAGUUUCUUACCACGAAAGAUGGCUUGGAGCUGGAUGAGGAGAAUGUUGUGGUACACGGAUAG